CCUGAGUUUACCUGUAGUGAAUGUUUUUAUUUGCUUUGAUCGGCGAAUUUACGAACAAAUUUUUCAAUAAAUGAAAAUGAUUAAACAAAUUUUGAGUUUCUGUUUCCUGCAAAUGUUACUUUUUAUAGGAAGUAGCAGCAGUUUGUAUUGCUACCAAUGUGAUUCUAGUGACAACUUGGACUGCAAGGAAUACUUUGACCAUGAUAACAUGAAUGAAAUUGCUCUCAGGCCAACACUAUGUACAGUCGAUGCCGCUGCCUACUGCAUCAAAACUACUGGAGUCUGGGGAGGUUCUGUGGGCACGACGAGGUUCUGCAGCUCUCGAGAUCUCUUCAACCAGUGUCAGUAUGUGCAGUAUGAGGAUCAUGACAGGAUAUACAGGGCCUGUAUAUACACGUGCAGAGGGGAUGGUUGCAAUGGCGCCAAGACUCUUUCCCUGGCCACAAAUAAAUUACAUUUACUGGCAUGUACAUUAUUCUCCAUGUUUUUUUUAUUCUUAAACCGACAAGUUAAUCACUUAUUUUGUGUAUAAAUUUUAAAUUAAAAAGAUUAUUUGUUUUUUUUUGUUUUAAACAGUUUUUUUCACCACGUUAUUUUCAUGAUUAUCAUUUUUGCUGUAAUUGUUUUUACAUUUCAUUUUUUUAUAAAUGUUUUCAUUGAUUAUUUGAACAAGAAACUAAUAAAAAAAAACACGAAAU